UUUUGAUUUGGUUUUAUAAUUUUUGUAUAAAAGCAACCAUUUGAGACAUAAUAGACAUCAAACAAUCUUCAAGCCUUGACAAUUCAACAAGUCAACUAAUCAAACUUUGCAAAAAUGUUCAAAUUGAUUGUAUUGUCCGCUGUUCUUGCUGUUGCUGCUGCUCGUCCAGGUCUUCUAGGUCUAGGAGCUACUUCAAUCCUUGAACCAUCAGUUCAAGUUGGUUCGAUUGUACGCACCAUUCCAACAGCCAUCUCACACUCUAGUCAAACCCAAGUUCACAGCAGCCCAAUUGUUACUCCAGUUUUGCAGCCAGUCAUUAGAACUAUUGCAGCUCCAACCAUCAUUCGUAGUGCUCCCAUCUUGACCGCUGCACCAGCCCAAACCAUCAUUCGAAGCGCUCCAAUUCUUACCGCUGCACCAGCUCAAACCAUCAUUAAGAGUGCACCAAUUCUGUCUGCUGCACCAGCUUCCAUCCUUGGAUCAUCAACCCUUUUGUCAACUGGUGGACAAAUCCUUACUGCCGGUUCUCCACUUUUGGGAAGUGAUUUGGGUUUGGGCUUGGGUUUGGGAUUGAAAUUGCAUUAGAUUUCAAAGUAACACCGCCCAUUCGGAGUUGUUGUGAGUGUGUUCUUAAGUAAAAAAAAUAAAAGCGCCAUGCAAUAGAUUUUG